ACGUAGAGGCACGGGAAGCGAAGGGCAGCCAAUCAGCGCGGCAUUCCGUUCCGCUUUCUGCAAACGAUUGGCAGCUCGUGCGGCCUUGGCGUGAGGAGGAGGAAACAGUCGGUGCUGCAGUUGCAGCUCAGGCCGGAUGGAUCUGUUCGGGGACUUCCCGGAGCAGGCCUCUGCGGCGCCCGCAGCAAUCGAUAAAGAAGAGCGGAGAGGGUCUUUGCUUUUUGAUGAUCUCCCACCAGUCAGCGGCACUGACUUGGAUGCAGGAAGCUCUUUGCUUUUUGAUGAUCUCCCACCUGCCAGCAGUGGGAACACAGUUUCGCAUCCUGCAGAACAAGUUUCCCUUCCUGUGAGCUAUGGAAGGGGAGAAAAGAGAAAGUCCACGGAAGGGGAGAAGAAUGGGAGUGAAGAACUUGUGGAAAAGAAAGUUUGUAAAGAUUUCUCUGAGAUUCUUCCUCUGAAGGGCUAUGUGGCAGAGAGGAAAGGUGAACGAGAAGAGAUGCAGGAUGCCCAUGUGAUUCUGAAUGAUAUUACGGAAGAGUGCAGCCCUCUGCCCUCACAAAUCACCCGCGUCUCAUACUUUGCUGUCUUUGAUGGGCAUGGAGGAGUUCGAGCUUCAAAUUAUGCAGCACAAAAUCUACAUCAAAACUUGAUAAGAAAGUUUCCCAAAGGAGACGUGCCCAGUGUGGAAAAGGCAAUAAGAAGGUGCCUUCUGGAUACCUUCAAACACACUGAUGAAGAAUUUCUCAAGCAGGCUUCCAGCCAGAAACCUGCCUGGAAGGAUGGUUCUACAGCAACUUGUGUACUGGUGAUAGAUAAUACCUUGUAUAUUGCCAAUCUUGGAGAUAGCAGGGCCAUUCUGUGUCGUUACAAUGAAGAGAAUCAGAAGCAUACAGCCUUAAGCCUCAGUAAGGAGCAUAACCCAACUCAGUAUGAUGAGCGGAUGAGGAUCCAAAAGGCUGGGGGGAAUGUCAGGGAAGGUCGUGUUCUCGGUGUUCUAGAAGUCUCUCGAUCUAUUGGAGAUGGACAGUACAAGCGCUUUGGGGUCAUUUCUGUGCCAGAUGUGAAACGCUGCCAACUUACACACAAUGACAGAUUUAUCCUGUUGGCAUGUGAUGGUCUUUUCAAAGUCUUCUCACCAGAAGAAGCUGUGAACUUCAUCAUGUCUUGUUUGGAGGACAAAACGAUUCCUACAAGAGAUGCCAAAUCAGCCGCCGAUGCCAGGUAUGAAGCUGCCUGUAACAGAUUGGCCAACAAAGCUGUGCAGCGAGGGUCUGCUGAUAACGUUACUGUGGUGGUGGUCCGGAUUGAGCAGUGACGGGAGAAAUACAUGCCAGCAAAGUCCAUAGCAGCAUGCAGUGGAUUCAGUAGAACAAGUUAUGUGUGUCCGUGAGUGUGUGUGAGUGUAUGUAUGUAUGUAUGUAUGUAUGUAGGGUUUUUGUGUGUUUUCUUCCCUAAAUGCUCUUAUUUGUAAAUAAAAAGGUUCGUUCUUUUUUCUAA